UUUUCUUUUUGUUUCAGCGGCCCCUUUGUUGCUUUAUGCAAACAGACGGGACUUGAGAUUGGUUGAUGCUACAAAUGGCAAAGAGAAUGCAACGAUUGUAGUUGGAGGCUUGGAGGAUGCCGCUGCGGUGGACUUUGUGUUUGGUCAUGGCUUGAUAUACUGGAGUGAUGUCAGCGAAGAAGCCAUUAAGCGAACAGAAUUUAACAAAACUGAGAGUGUACAGAAUGUUGUUGUUUCUGGAUUAUUGUCCCCGGAUGGGCUGGCAUGUGAUUGGCUUGGAGAAAAAUUGUACUGGACAGAUUCUGAAACUAAUCGUAUUGAAGUUUCUAAUUUAGAUGGAUCUUUACGAAAAGUUUUAUUUUGGCAAGAGUUGGAUCAACCCAGAGCUAUUGCCUUAGAUCCAUCAAGUGGGUUCAUGUACUGGACUGACUGGGGAGAAGUGCCAAAGAUAGAGCGUGCUGGAAUGGAUGGUUCAAGUCGCUUGGUUAUAAUCAACACUGAAAUUUACUGGCCAAAUGGACUGACUCUGGAUUAUGAGGAGCGGAAGCUUUAUUGGGCAGAUGCAAAACUUAAUUUUAUCCAUAAAUCAAACCUGGAUGGAACAAAUCGGCAGGCAGUGGUUAAAGGUUCCCUUCCACAUCCUUUUGCCUUGACGUUAUUUGAGGACACAUUGUACUGGACUGACUGGAAUACACACUCUAUUUUGGCUUGCAACAAGUAUACUGGCGAGGGUCUGCGUGAAAUCCAUUCUAACAUCUUCUCUCCCAUGGAUAUACAUGCUUUCAGCCAACAGAGGCAGCCAAAUGCUACAAAUCCAUGUGGAAUUGAUAAUGGCGGUUGUUCCCAUUUGUGUUUGAUGUCUCCGCUCAAGCCUUUUUAUCAAUGUGCUUGUCCAACUGGGGUCAAGCUUCUGGAGAAUGGAAAAACCUGCAAAGAUGGUGCCACUGAACUACUGCUUUUAGCCCGACGGACAGACUUGAGACGCAUUUCUUUGGAUACACCAGAUUUUACUGACAUUGUCCUGCAGUUAGAAGACAUCCGGCAUGCCAUUGCCAUAGACUACGAUCCUGUAGAAGGCUAUAUCUACUGGACUGAUGAUGAAGUGAGGGCCAUCCGUCGUUCCUUUAUAGAUGGAUCUGGCAGCCAGUUUGUGGUCACUGCCCAGAUUGCUCAUCCUGAUGGUAUUGCUGUUGACUGGGUUGCAAGAAACCUGUACUGGACAGACACUGGCACUGAUCGGAUAGAAGUGACUAGGCUCAAUGGGACCAUGAGGAAGAUCCUGAUUUCAGAGGACUUAGAGGAGCCCCGGGCUAUUGUGUUAGAUCCCAUGGUUGGGUACAUGUACUGGACUGACUGGGGAGAAAUCCCGAAAAUCGAACGAGCAGCUCUGGAUGGCUCUGACCGAGUAGUUCUUGUUAACACUUCCCUUGGUUGGCCAAAUGGCUUAGCUCUGGAUUAUGAUGAAGGCACAAUAUACUGGGGAGAUGCCAAAACAGACAAAAUUGAGGUUAUGAAUACUGAUGGCACUGGGAGACGAGUGCUGGUGGAAGACAAAAUCCCUCACAUAUUUGGGUUUACCCUGUUGGGUGACUAUGUUUACUGGACUGACUGGCAGAGGCGGAGCAUCGAAAGAGUACACAAACGAAGUGCAGAAAGGGAGGUCAUCAUAGACCAGCUGCCUGACCUCAUGGGACUGAAGGCCACAAGUGUUCACAAAGUCAUUGGUUCCAACCCCUGUGCUGAGGAAAAUGGAGGAUGUAGCCAUCUUUGCCUCUAUAGGCCUCAGGGACUUCGAUGCGCCUGUCCCAUUGGCUUUGAGCUCAUCAGUGACAUGAAGACUUGCAUUGUUCCUGAGGCUUUCCUUCUGUUUUCACGGAGAGCAGAUAUCAGACGCAUAUCGUUGGAAACAAACAAUAAUAAUGUGGCCAUUCCUCUCACUGGUGUCAAAGAAGCUUCUGCUUUGGAUUUUGAUGUCACUGACAACAGAAUUUACUGGACUGAUAUAUCACUGAAGACUAUUAGCAGAGCCUUUAUGAAUGGCAGUGCACUGGAACAUGUGGUAGAGUUUGGCUUAGAUUAUCCAGAAGGCAUGGCAGUGGACUGGCUUGGGAAGAACUUGUACUGGGCAGACACAGGAACGAAUCGCAUCGAGGUGUCAAAGUUGGAUGGACAGCACCGACAGGUUUUGGUAUGGAAAGACCUCGACAGUCCCCGAGCUCUGGCACUGGAUCCUGCUGAAGGAUUUAUGUAUUGGACCGAAUGGGGAGGAAAGCCUAAGAUUGACAGAGCUGCUAUGGAUGGAAGUGAACGUACUACAUUAGUUCCAAAUGUGGGGCGAGCAAAUGGUCUAACUAUCGAUUAUGCUAAAAGGCGGCUUUACUGGACAGACCUGGACACUAACUUAAUAGAGUCUUCUAAUAUGCUUGGACUCAACCGUGAAGUUAUAGCAGAUGACUUGCCUCAUCCUUUUGGCUUAACUCAAUACCAAGAUUACAUCUACUGGACAGACUGGAGCCGACGCAGCAUUGAACGUGCCAACAAAACCAGUGGCCAAAACCGCACCAUCAUCCAGGGCCAUUUGGAUUAUGUGAUGGACAUCCUUGUCUUUCACUCCUCCCGGCAGGCGGGGUGGAAUGAAUGUGCCUCCAGCAACGGGCACUGCUCCCACCUCUGCUUGGCUGUGCCAGUGGGAGGUUUUGUGUGUGGAUGCCCUGCCCACUACUCCCUGAAUGCCGACAACAGGACCUGUAGUGCUCCUACCACUUUCCUGCUCUUCAGUCAGAAGAGUGCCAUCAACCGCAUGGUGAUUGAUGAACAGCAGAGUCCUGACAUCAUCCUUCCUAUUCACAGCCUUCGGAAUGUCAGGGCCAUUGAUUAUGACCCUUUGGACAAGCAGCUCUACUGGAUUGACUCUCGACAAAACAUGAUCCGAAAGGCACAAGAAGAUGGUGGCCAGGGUUUUACUGUAGUUGUAAGCUCAGUUCCAAAUCAGAACCUUGAAAUACAGCCCUAUGACCUCAGCAUUGAUAUUUAUAGCCGUUACAUCUACUGGACCUGUGAAGCUACCAAUGUCAUUGAUGUGACAAGAUUGGAUGGGCGAUCAAUUGGAGUGGUUCUGAAAGGCGAACAAGACAGACCCCGAGCCAUCGUGGUAAACCCUGAGAAAGGAUACAUGUAUUUUACCAAUCUUCAGGAAAGAUCUCCUAAAAUUGAACGGGCUGCUUUGGAUGGAACAGAACGGGAGGUCCUCUUUUUCAGUGGCUUAAGUAAACCAAUUGCUUUGGCACUUGAUAGCAAGCUGGGCAAGCUCUUUUGGGCCGAUUCAGAUCUCCGGCGAAUCGAAAGCAGUGAUCUCUCAGGUGCCAACAGGAUAGUGCUAGAAGACUCUAAUAUCUUGCAACCUGUGGGUCUGACCGUGUUUGAAAAUUGGCUCUAUUGGAUUGAUAAGCAGCAGCAAAUGAUUGAAAAAAUUGAUAUGACUGGUAGAGAAGGAAGAACCAAGGUCCAGGCUCGAAUUGCUCAGCUGAGUGACAUUCAUGCAGUAAAGGAGCUGAACCUUCACGAAUAUAGACAGCAUCCUUGUGCCCAGGAUAAUGGUGGCUGUUCACACAUUUGCCUUGUAAAAGGAGAUGGCACUACAAGAUGCUCUUGCCCCAUGCACCUAGUUCUGCUUCAGGAUGAGCUCUCCUGUGGAGAACCUCCAACGUGUUCUCCUCAGCAGUUCACUUGUUUCACUGGGGACAUUGACUGUAUCCCUGUGGCUUGGCGCUGUGAUGGUUUUACUGAAUGUGAAGACCACAGUGACGAACUCAACUGUCCCGUGUGCUCAGAGUCUCAGUUCCAGUGUGCCAGUGGGCAGUGUAUUGAUGGCGUCCUUCGAUGCAAUGGUGAUGCAAACUGCCAGGAUAAAUCUGAUGAGAAGAACUGUGAAGUGCUUUGUUUAAUUGAUCAGUUCCGCUGUGCCAACGGACAGUGCGUCGGAAAACACAAGAAGUGCGACCACAGUGUGGACUGCAGUGACAAGUCUGACGAGCUGGACUGUUAUCCAACUGAAGAGCCAGCACCACAGGCCACCAACACAGUUGGUUCAGUUAUUGGAGUAAUUGUCACCAUAUUUGUGUCUGGAACCAUAUACUUUAUCUGCCAAAGGAUGCUGUGUCCUCGUAUGAAGGGAGAUGGGGAGACUAUGACCAAUGACUAUGUGGUUCAUGGCCCAGCUUCUGUGCCCCUCGGUUAUGUUCCUCACCCAGGCUCUCUGUCGGGAUCUCUUCCAGGAAUGUCUCGAGGUAAAUCAAUGAUUAGUUCCCUCAGUAUUAUGGGGGGAAGUAGUGGGCCUCCCUACGAUCGAGCACACGUCACAGGAGCAUCAUCAAGCAGUUCUUCAAGCACCAAAGGCACUUACUUCCCUGCAAUUUUGAACCCACCACCAUCGCCUGCCACAGAGCGAUCUCAUUAUACCAUGGAAUUUGGUUAUUCUUCCAACAGUCCUUCCACACACAGGUCCUACAGCUACAGGCCUUACAGCUACCGGCACUUUGCACCGCCCACUACGCCCUGCAGCACUGACGUCUGUGACAGUGACUAUGCCCCCAGCCGGAGAAUGACCUCAGUGGCGACAGCCAAGGGCUACACCAGUGACUUGAACUAUGACUCAGAACCUGUGCCCCCACCACCCACACCCCGAAGCCAGUACUUGUCAGCAGAGGAGAACUAUGAAAGCUGCCCCCCUUCUCCAUAUACUGAGAGGAGUUACUCCCACCACCUCUACCCACCACCCCCCUCCCCCUGCACGGACUCCUCCUGAGGAGGGGCCCUCCUCCUCUGACUGCCUCCACCGGGAAAUGUAAAUACACAUCUGGUUGAGAUCUGGAGGGGGGGAGGGAGCUAUAAAGAAGAGUGAGGCAGACCCUGUACAGUUAACAUUAUAAAGUGGGUGGGGUACUGGAGAUAUUUGUACAGAAGAAAAGGAUAUUUAUAUAUUUUCUUAAAAGAGCAGGUUUGCUGCUUGUGCCAUAGAAGUUUGUAUAAAAUAUAAAUUUGUACUAAAAGUUUUAUUUUUGCAAACUAAAUACACAAAGCAUGCCUUAAACCCAGUGAAGUGACUGAGCACAAAGGAAGCAGGGAUUACAGAGGCAUCACUGACCGGGAGUGUCUGGGUUUUACUGAUACCAAAAACUAAAGAAAAAGAAGAACAUAAUACCAUCUCAGAGUGGCAAACUUGGAAGUAGCCAAAUCGCCUUCAGAUUAACUAACAUUUGAGGGCCAACAAGUUAAGAAACCAUAAAAGAAAAAAAAAAUUACAGUACUAACUUUGGACAAAGGGCUUUGUUUUCUCUAGGAAUCUAACAGUUUUCUUAAGGAAAGUAGAUAGUUGUACAAUCCAUUUGGAGUGCGGCUGCUGUAGGGGAUGAGUGUUUAUUGCAGGACGCUGUGGAGCUGUAAGAGCCCACGCCUCUGUCCCAGGGCCUGGUAACACUGGCCGCUUUCACCUUGCUGCCCGCCCAGCAGCAGUAGGCCGUUCUGCCAAGAGCCAUGGUUCAGUCAAGCUUUUUAACCUGAGGAACUGACUACCUGGAACUCACUCAACGAGGGAUUGAUUUCAGUACAUCUACUAUGUUUGUUCACCACCAUUUGGCUGAGCUUUUAAGUUGAGGCUGUUUUUGCAUAAUCAAAAGUUAGCCAUAUUCUUGGUCUUCCAUGAUUGUUUUAAUGUUCAUUAAAGUGUCUUUUCACAACACAUAUAGACAAUGCUUAACAAAAUCACAAAUCCGUUAUAUUCUUGUAAAUUAGUUUUGUAUCCUUGCAGCAUACAAUAUCACAGUGUGAAAUCAUUUUAUGUAUAUUUUUUGAGUAAAACAUUUAAAUGUGCUCUGGUUAGAAACAGUCUAUUUAAAAAGAAGGGUGUUUUUGUUGUUAGGUUUCCCCUGUAUUAACUGUUGGUGACAAUUUCACUUUCUGUGGACCAGCUUUUCUCAGAGUGACAUCUACACGCAUACCUCUGUUAGUGUGGUGUGAGGUACCUCCUUGUUAGGCACUGUGAAUGUGUUUGUUUUCACACAGUCCGCAGUCUGUUCUUCCAGUCACCUGUGCUUGUAUGUGUGUUCUCUAUUAUCCCAUUACGGAUUAAGAUAAUUUCACAAAUAUAGCAGCGGAGUUGAAUGAGAAGACUCACUGUGAACUUCUCAACCGCAGGAGCUUGAGUGGUGGAGACUGAUGGGAGUCUCUCCUGUAACAUGCCUGACCUGCCGUCCUGUUAGGGUCUUGAGCUGCUACCUCUGUCGCUGUCAGGGCUGACCUGUGGGAUGACCUUAGCUAACGUUGCUCUGCCGCUGUAGCAGUCAUUAGUCUCCUGCUUUUUACAUGUGUCUAGCACUCCUCUGCUAAAGUUGAACUGUUUUUAAGCUAGUGUGCUUUGAACUUAGCAGGUGUUGAUUACCUAUUGAAUAUAUUUUAAAAUUAUAUAUUAAUGUGAGGCGUCUGGAUUCUAGAGCCUAAGCAAAAACAAUGAUAGAAAUGAUUCCAGAAUUUUGGCCCAGUUUAAGUAACUUAAAAAAAAACAAACAUGUAAGUACAUUUUUUUUUUUUUUUGGUUUUUCGAGACAGGGUUUCUCUGCGUAGCUUUGCGCCUUUCCUGGAGCUCACUUGGUAGCCCAGGCUGGCCUCAAACUCACAGAGAUCCGCCUGGCUCUGCCUCCCGAGUGCUGGGAUUAAAGGCGUGCGCCACCACCGCCCGGCUGUAAGUACAUUUUUAAAGAGAAAAAUAAACCUUUCAAGAUAAUGCUUAUGUUGUUGGGGACAGCUCAGUCAGAAUCAGGGGCACUUAUCAUGCAUAUAAGUAAAUGGCAAUCUAUCAUGUCUUGCAUUUCAGUCAGAUAAUCAUUAACUCUUCCUGUUACUGAAACAAAGUGCUCGGAGUCUAAAGGAUGAACAUUGAACUUGCCUUCUGUGAUGAGCAGGGGCACUUGAUGCUAAGUGCAGAUGGAAAGGUUAGCAAUAACUGGGUAUCAGUUAGAAUUUGAGGAUUCUCUAUGUUUACAUUUUUAAUGUGCAUCUUCAUCUGGUGGGCUUCCCAUGUAGAGACUUGCACUAUAGUGAGCUAAGAAGGAUGCUGCCUUGUUUCAUCUCAGUCCAGGUAUUGUACUGAGAUGGCAAUGGCCUCUUCUUGCAAAAUACUAAGUUGUGUGCCAAUUUGUUGAAAUGAUUUGAAGGCAGUUCAGGUUAAUCUCAGUAUCCUCUUUCUGGGGCAGCUGAGUUGUUGUGAGUAUUUCUGAGAGUACUUUUUAGUGAGAUGCUUGUCAAACUUGGGAAAGAGAUAAUGAUACUCAAGUUACAUGGACAGUUAAGUUUAAGUAAACCAUGUCAUAAUUAUUGAACAUAAGAAAAACAAAGGAAAAAUAAACUUAUGAAAACACCAAUUGGGAAAAGGGGAAAGUUUUAAAUUAGUAUGUGCCUAAUUAUUUAAGAGGAGACAUGACUAAAAUUUGAUUAGGUUCCAUAGUUAUUUUGAACUUGAAUCUUAAAGAAUGCCUAUUCACUGAUAGGAGAGUGCAUGAGGUGAGCUUUGGUGUAGCUUGCUUUUAUACACUACAGCAAGCUUUUCUGCAUUGCAAUCUUUUAUAACUAGGACUCAAACUUGACUCCUUUGGAGCCCUAGUCUUCUGACUUGAGAGUUCUUGUUUAGGUCAGGCAAAUGGCACAGUCACAGAAAAAGGUGUAGAGUUUGUGGGUAGAAUAUUUCUAGUAUUUUUCCUUCUUUUUUUUAAAUUUUACAAUGCUUUUGGCAAUGCACACUAAGUUGUAAAAAUAGUCAUCUAUCUUAGGUACCAGUUAGUCUGGGGAAAGCAAUUUUUGUCUCACUGUACUGGCCCAUCAGUGAACAUUGUUUUGAGUUCAUAGCUGCGCUUACCUCACAAGUUAAUGAAAUGUGUUUAGUGACCAGGAUGGCUUUCUGCAAGCUUCAGAAACAAAAGUCUUGUUUUGUUCACCCCUAAGAAACCUGCUUUUAGUGCAGUGCUAAUGUAGCCCGCAUGACUUUAUAGAGAGAAGUACACACUGACUUCUCACUCAGAAUUAGACUGUAGACAGGAGUAUGGAUAUCAGUUGGCUGACAGUGUUUAAAGAUUCACAAAUGAGAGCCAUGCAUAAGUAUGGGUGUGGACUGAGUCCUAAGCAAGUUUAUCAUCAAACAUUAGUUAAAAUAUCAAAAUCCCUUUGAAUUUCCUGGGGUUUCCUUAUCCCAGGCCUAAAACAGGCCAUGAGAAGAGGUGUGAUUUUAGGGCAUCUGGGAUGGCAUUGCUUUGUAAUUGUGUCAAAUCCUCAGGUUUUAAAGUCGAGGACUUGGGGCCUCAAAUGUGAAAUUGCACAUUUGUGACUUAAGUGACAUGCACUGUGGCUCUGUAUUCUCAGUAUCUUUCUCUGACUGUGCAGCUCACUGAAUUCAGCUUACACCUGAGCAGAGAGGGGAGGUGGAUGCUCAGGUUUAUUUUAGUGACUUAGAAUCAAAUUACCAACUCUGUCCCCACCUUUCUUCAAUGAAAAGGAGCUUUAUCAAAUUUUUGUUUUAUAAUUUUCACAGGCAUUUAUAAACCAUUCUUAAUUUUAUUCCUAGGGAAUUUUUAGAAUUACAGACUGAGUUAUUGUACUCAGAAGCAGAGUAUGAGCCCAACAUAUACUAAUCAUUGGAUUUCCAUCAUCACUUAGCGUUUGCCCAAAGUCAACACCAAAGAGUCAUAGACAGCAUGCUUUUGCUUAACUGUCCAUUUGGGCUUUGUUUAUCCAUGAAAUGUAGGAAGGCUGAGGGGGUGGUAUAGCUAUAUAUCCAUGUGGAUAAGUAUCUAUAUCCGAGCCUAAAUAUGAAUAUUAAGAGGAAAGGAAAUGGAGGAGAAUGAUUCCAUCGGAGUCUGGUGAUGGGAGACUGCAGAGAGAGGAUACAAGAGACUGAACUGGACUGGCCUUGUUGCAAGUGAAGGAUCUGGUGCUGCUUUCGGAUGUUUGUCCUUUAUGAGUCUAAACUUUUUCUUAAGCUUUAAUCUUUGUCAUUGUCUUAAAGUCAGCUGGUGUUUUCUUGUACAUCGACUUUGGUAUGAUGGUGCUUUGCAAGGAUGUAUUUAUAUUAUAAUGGCCAACAUUUGGUCAGCCCUUGUCCACUUAUUCACUUCCCCUUUUUGUAAAAUAAGUGCUUUAAUUAUAAAUUGUAUAAAGGUACCUUGUAUAAACCCCCCUUUUGAUUAUUACAAUAAGCUGAAUUGUAACAAAUGAAAUGUUGAUUUUUAUAAUAAAACCAUGGAAAAAUCA